AUGGCAUCUUUGGCUUCGAGCCCCAUUUCGACGCACACUUGCAAGGAUGUCGCUUCCCCAGCUACUAGCCCACUGCUAGGCUUCCUGUUGAAUUUCGCACAGACAAGACAGGAUAAGCCGUACGUGGAAGUCAUCCAUAGACAGAAUCGAAGUGGUUUGUGGACCAUUGGCGAUGGAUUCAGAAAGGAUGUUCAACCCGGAGCGGAGAGCGAAGUUCCGGACGAGAGUGCGCAAGAUGAAAAGGUCUACACAGACCUUAUCAAUAGCGACGGGUUGUCUCCCGUAUCCAAUGGUCCCACGGUCACGGUUGUUGGAGCAGGCAUAUCAGGCCUUGUCGCAGCCUAUGAGCUGAAGCGUGCCAAGUUCAAGGUCCGGAUUCUGGAGGCGUCGUCUCGUGUCGGCGGUCGCAUUAUUACCCGCCGCGACCCUGAAUUUGCGCCUGGUCUGCAUGCUGAAGGAGGUGCCAUGCGUAUCCCAGCCAACCACUACCUACUACGCGAAUAUAUCAGGAAGUUCAACAUUGACCAGUAUAUGCCGUUUGAAAUGGCAAACAAAUUCAUCUACCUUGCUGGUUAUCGUGGGGGCACAACUUUGACAUAUGAUGACUUUAACGAGAAGCUCCGGCAGCGGGAUCCAGACCUUCUAAGCCUCUUUCCAAAUCUUCAUGACAAUGAGAAGGGUCAGACGGUCGACGACCUCUUUUUUGCUGCCGUCGAGCCCGUCGUACAGCUAUUCAGGAAGUAUUAUGCGGUACCUGGUGAUGAGUCUACCAGGAUUCGCAAUGCCUAUCAGGAGGUUACUAAGGCUUACGACAAGUACACCCUUCGUUCAUACCUGACAGAUGUUGCUGGGUGGAGCACCGACGCCUUGAACCUUUACGAUCUGGGCAACGCUCACGUGGUCUUUGAGAACGGAUUUAUCGAGUCAUGGAAGGAUGCUUUCCUCUCGAGCAACACAAGUGGAGCAGACGCCGGCAUGCAGCAGCUCCAGAAUGGCAUGGACCAAGUCCCCAAAGCAUUUAUCUCUCCAGAUAGAGGCGAUCUGUCUCUUGCCGAGGACAUUACCUACGGCGCUCGCGUGAUAAACAUCACUGAUCUGGACCCUCCCAAGGAUGGAUCGUCACCACAGAUUGAACUCGAAUACGAAACGCCCACGGGCUUCAAGCAGAAGGUGAGGUCCGACUAUAUCGUCCUCUCCGUGCCCUACACAGCUCAACGUGCUAUUGCCAAGUCCAAGGCAUUUUCCCCGGCAAUUGAGCAGGCCAUUCGUGACGUUCGAUAUAUCGAAAUCACCAAGGUCCUCUUGCAGUACUCGAAGCGCUGGUGGGAACAUGAAUUCAGCAAGCGAAACCAAGGAACCGACGGGGGGCUGAUCAGUGACCUGCCUAUCCGCUAUACAAUGUGCCCAGUCGGCAAAGACAACGAGCAGUUCAAAAACACUCAGCGCAGCACCAUCAUGGCCGCAUACACGUUCCAGCAGGACUCGACUAUUCUGGCUUCCAUGACGCCGGAGCGCCGAAUCCGCGUGGCUGCCGAGAACUUGAACACAGUCUUUGCCGAGGCAAACUCGCUCGACUACCUCGAGGCCGGGGCCUCGCAGGCGUUCCCUACCGACGAGCUUGCCGGUGGUAGUGCCUUCACCUAUUUUGCGCCAAAACAGAAGACUCAGUACCUCGAGACCAUGCGGUCGCCCGACUGGGCGUACCCUGAGGGAUCUAGCAACCAUAGAGUCUUCUUCGCGGGAGAGCAUGCCAGCUAUACUCACGGAUGGAUCCACGGCGCCAUGGAGGCUGGUUUGCGAUGCGCACAGCAGGCUCAUACAUCUGCAAACAGUCUUCCAAGCAAGCAAGUUUAUGAAUCAAGCUUUGAUCCUGGUUUUGGUUUUGUCUAG